CAGCAAACAAUAACCUAGCACGAGAGUUAACAAGAAUACAAGAGAAAGAAAAUAACGAAAUGCAGACCGACAAUAAUUUGAUCGAACAAAUUGCUAAUGUUCAAUUAGAGUUAGAAAAAAAAAAUAGAAAGAUUGAAGAAUUAAGUAACAAACUUGAUGACUACAAGAAGAAAUUUAGGGCAAAUGAGGAAUUAGCGGAAAGUCUAAAAAGAAAUAAAUAUCAAGCCGAAGAAGAGAUAAAUCAAUUAAAAAACAAUGAACUAAAAAAAGAUGAACAAUUAGUAGAAUCCUUGAAAAUGAUAGAAAAUUUGCAGGAGGAGAAAGAAAAAACUGGUGAAUUACAAGAAAAAGUAAAAGAAUUAAACAGUGACUAUCUACAAGAGCAAAUUAAAGUUAAAGAAUUACAAGAGCAUUUGAAAACUA